AAGAAUAAGAAUAUCGAUACGCCUACAACAUCCCUAUUUUUAGUAUUUUGUUAUUUAUUUAUUAAAAUAAGAAAAAAAAUAGAAAAAAGAAACCUGUGUCAUCUGUGUGCUGUUGCGCUGUGCCGCACAAUGUUUAGCAGAUGUCAUAAUUGCAGCUAAACGCUGUGAAUAUGCGACAAAAACGGCAAAAACACGAUCCAAUACAACGUUAACUAGCUGCCGUGCACACAACAUACAUACACCUAAAUAUAUACAUAAACACGCACUCACACACAUAAAAACCUUUGGACGCCACGGAUUAGCAGCAGGCGAGCGGGACGGAAUAACAGAGAUUAGAGUGUGGAUACGGCGCCAUGCUCCUGGUGCGUCAGCUGUUUGGCUCAUCAUCCAAUUCGUGGGUGCGCGCCCUCAUCAUCUUUGUGCUCGCCUGGGCGGUGCUCGUCUAUGUGUUUGUGCUCAAGCUAACCAGCAACCAAUCCCAGAAUCAAAGCCAUCAAACAAUAUCUGCCAACGACAAUGAGUACAAUGCACGGCGCAUUAAUCAGGCGCUGCAGCUACUGGAGCACACGGAGCGACGCAACGAGGAGCUAAAGCUGCUCAUCGAUGAGCUGAUGAGCGAACAGCUGGAUAAGCAGAGCGCCAUGAAGCUAAUCCAAAGGCUGGAAAAUGAUUCGCACAAUGCAAAGCAAUCAAUGGGUGAUGAUACGCUCUUCGAGGUGAUUGCAGCAGAUGCCGCUGGAUUGGAUCAGCAGCAGCAGCAGCAACAGCUGGGGCUGGGAGUAGAUGCUGUCGCCCAGCUGCCUGGUCAGCCGGGCGUUGAGCCCAGCUUGGAGUACGAGUUGACGCGGCGACGCAUCCACACGAACAUUGCCGAAAUUUGGAGCUACUUCAGCAGCGAGCUGGGCAAACUGCGCAAAGUGGUCGGCCCGGGCAAUGCGGAGCUAGAGGAGUCCAUACAGCAGGUGCUGCUGCAGGGCGCCGACCACAAGCGCUCGCUGCUGAGCGACAUGGAGCAGCUGCGACGCGUCGACGGCUACGAAGCCUGGCGCCAACAGGAGGCCAAUGAGCUGAGCGAUCUGGUGCAGCGGCGACUCCAUCAUCUCCAAAAUCCCAGCGAUUGCCAAAACGCUCGCAAACUCGUCUGCAAGCUGAACAAGGGCUGUGGCUAUGGCUGCCAGCUGCAUCAUGUGGUCUACUGUUUCAUCGUGGCCUACGCCACGGAGCGAACGCUGAUACUGAAGUCACGCGGCUGGCGCUAUCACAAGGGUGGCUGGGAGGAGGUGUUCCGUCCGGUGUCCGAUAGCUGCCAGGAUGCGGGCACAGCGUAUGCCUAUAACUGGCCGGGCAAGCCCAAUACUCAGGUGCUGGUGCUGCCGAUCAUUGAUUCGCUGAUGCCACGUCCACCUUACCUGCCGCUCGCUGUGCCGGAGGACCUGGCGCCGCGUCUGAAGCGCUUGCACGGCGAUCCCAUCGUCUGGUGGGUGGGACAGUUUCUCAAGUAUCUGCUGCGUCCGCAACCGGACACGCGCGACUUCCUCGACUCCGGCAUGCGCAAGCUGGGCUGGGAGCGUCCUAUUGUGGGCGUUCAUGUGCGUCGCACGGACAAGGUGGGCACCGAGGCGGCCUUCCAUGACAUCGAUGAGUAUAUGACGCAUGUGGAGGACUAUUAUCGCACGCUCGAGAUCAACGGCAGCAGCGUGGUGCGUCGCAUCUUCCUAGCCUCCGACGAUGCGCGCGUCAUUGUGGAGGCUCGCAAAAAGUAUCCGCAGUAUCAGAUCGUUGGCGACCCGGAGGUGGCGCGCAUGGCUGCCGUUUCCACACGGUAUACGGACACCGCCCUGAAUGGCAUCAUCCUGGACAUCCAUCUGCUGUCCAUGUCCGACUAUUUGGUGUGCACAUUCUCGUCGCAGGUCUGCCGUGUGGCAUACGAGAUAAUGCAAACGAUGUAUCCGGAUGCGGCGUACCGCUUCAAAUCGCUGGACGAUAUCUACUAUUACGGCGGACAGAAUCCGCAUAAUCGACGCGCAGUCAUUCCGCAUAAGCCGCGCUCGCACGAGGAUCUGCAAAUGAAAGUGGGAGAUCUCGUUUCUGUUGCGGGCAAUCAUUGGGAUGGCAAUUCCAAGGGCAAGAAUACGCGCACCAAUCAGGGCGGACUCUUUCCCUCCUUCAAGGUGGUCGACAAGGUCGAAACGGCAAAGCUGCCAGUCUAUGCGGGUGUCUAAAGUCCGUUCCGGAAACACAGUUCCGUCUCCCGGAUACUCAGCACCUUAACCGUAACCUUAAUCUUCUCUUCUGCUGAAUCUCAAUUGUCAAACUCUGCUCCGCAUUCCAAGUGUUUGUGUAUCUUAAAUUCUGGUGCAAAACGUCAAAAGCGAACAAAAACGAAACUAAAAAACUCAAAUUCUCCAAAUACUCGAAUCUUGUUUGUGUUUGGAAUGUGGAAUCGGUCAAUGUUCUACACGAUUCCGUUUGUUGCACUAAUUCUAUGCAUUUUCCUAAGCCGAAGAAGUUAGAAAAAAAAACAAAAAUCAAAUGUUGACAACAUAAAGAAUAUACAU